AUGACGACCGAAAUCAUUUCAUUCGGAUUCUCGUGUGAAUUGAAUGAUGAAACCGUAAAGAUUUAUACAAUUGAGCAUGGAAUCGUCGAAUUGAAAAAUACUGGAGAUUUGGAACUCGGGGUUUGGUACGAUUUGAGUGAAAAAAGUCUUGAACAACGGAACAAAUACGAAAACAAACAAUGCGACGUGUGGGAGGAGGAUGGAGAAGUAUUCGCUAGAGUAUUGGCUAUUGGACCCAACAGUUUCUUUCUCGAUAAGGAUAUCAGUCAAAAGUAUAAAUAUGCGGUCUGGAAUCCAUUCUUGAAAUUUCUUGACGAUGGAGAUAAUCUCUUCAAAGAUAAAAUUAGAGGAGAUGAUGUUGUUGAGAUUAUUGUCAAGUAUGCUCCAUGGAAAAACGGCAACUUUAAAAUCGUAGAACUCAUCGAAGAGGCACCAUUCGAAGGCUCUUCAUACUGUCGGCUUACACCAUGGACGCUUGAGCAAAUGGCAAGAAACAUGACGGAGGCUCUUCUGCCAAAACCGAAUUCCAUCUGUAUCGACCAGUUUAGAAGAAUCCAACCAUUUGACGUCCAAGUGGGAGUCUGCAUAAAAGCGGAAGCCGUGAAUGUUGCGUUUCCGAAGACGGUUAAACCGAGCUUAGGAGUUAAACCAAUGUGCUCCUAUCUGUUCACUCCCACAUUAGGACUCGUCCGUUGGUGCAUACGUGAAAUGAAGACUACGGAACCAACAUCAUCGAAGGCAGCUGUGUAUAAUGUGAACAGUGACAUGUUCGAAGUCGGCAAACGCCUUGGAAAGUGGUUCUCUUUCAAAUUGGUUGAAGCAAAAAAAUACAGGAGUGACGAACCGAUAAGAGCACGAGCGUUGAUCAGAACAACGGCUGGAAAUGUGAAUGAGGUCCAAGUUGUUCCAAAAGAGACACGUGUCGUGAAUGGAGAAGUAGAGAUUGAAGCGAGCUUCCUCUUCGACCCAAAAAUGUUUGAAUCGGAGGAGAACAGUCUGAUCGAGGAUUGGAAUCUUAGACAUGAGGGACUCAGAACAGACACUCAUUUCUGGGAUACCAAUUUGGGAAGAGUCGAAGUUUAUCCCACUGAAUCUGAGACUAUCAUUCGGGCUAUAGAGAGUCACCGUCAAAGUCUGGGACCUCGGGAGGCCGAGAAACUGGAAAAGGAAGCGAUCGUCGUCUCGGUCACCUCUGUGGUUCACGUGAACUUUAUUAGAAACUUCGAGAAAUAUCCAAAUCAUGGAAUCUUUGUUGCCAGAAGAGUCAACACAAUUUGCUACCUCAAUGGUGGAAACAUUAUUUAUCAAUGA